CUUCACUCUCUCAUCCUCUGUCGAGCUGCCCUGGGCUGCGGAUCUACCCGAACGAGGCAGGGCUCUACACUGCCGCGCUGAGCUCCAGCAUCUGAUUAAUGCAGACCUCCAGUUCAGGAAAAGUUGUCUAAAAACGAAGGCGGUCGUCGUCGAAGGCGUCAGACUGUAAUAAACUGAGCUGUAAUUGCGCUGCUGGAAUUAAAUCUGAGCACGAGAGAAAGACUCGGCACCUCAAGAAGCGGCGAAGAGCGAAAACACAGCGACUGUGAGGGAACAUUUCUUUCCCAGAGCUGCUGAGACGUGUGAGGAGAAAUAAUGAGGAACGUGUGGAUGUUGCUAACUCUCUGGGCGCUGUGCUUUUGGGGCGAAGGGGUGCUGGUGUCAGGUCAGGCCUUAGUUGAUGACUUGUAUCUGGAGGAACAGCAGUCGGGUGAUUUUCCUGACGAUGAUGACGACUUCAGCUCCGGCUCAGGAUCAGGUUUCGGUGAUAUUGAUGAUGAGGAUUUGUCAGUGGUGACCAUGCGGCAUAUGGAGCCCAUUGAGCAUUUCACCCAGACCAGCAGCCCCAGCCUGGAGACAUCCUCGCCCAUAGAGGUAGAAUCAGCCAUGGACACCACAGUGGAAGACCAAAUGGAGAUAGAGGUAUCUGAUUAUCAGACUGAGGAGCCUCAGGUCAGUAUUGUAGCCACCAGCACCAGCAGUUCCCCUGGUCCACAGGAAUCUGACAAGCAGCAUGAGGUGCGCACAGAAAACCUCUUCCAGAGGACAGAGGUGCUGGCAGCCGUUAUAGCUGGUGGUGUGAUCGGCUUCCUGUUCGCUAUCUUCCUCAUCCUCCUCUUGGUGUACCGCAUGAGGAAGAAGGAUGAGGGCAGCUACGAUCUGGGGGAGCGUAAACCACCCAGCACAGCCUAUCAGAAGGCUCCAACCAAGGAGUUCUAUGCCUAAAUGACCAAUCAUUCUCAACAUUAACAUCCAUUUGACAACCAGUUCCUCAGUCUUUUAAACGAAAAGCUGGAUUGAUAAAAGACUGAGGAGGGUUUUAUUGGAAACUUUAUUUAAUAACAAAGAUAUUUUUGCUUCAUAAAGCCAAUCAGGUCUUGUGUUUUCAUUUUGGAUUACAAUUUGUUUCUUUUGUGGAUUUUGAAAUUGUUGGAGAAAAUAAUAUGUAAUAUAAAACAGUGGAUCUUUUGUCAUGACUUCAUCCAUUGACUACUUUGUAACUGUAGAGGUAAAUGUUUGUAUUAAAAAAUGAGGAAAGAGGUUGAAAUGUGGGCUAUAAUUGUACUUCAUCUUUUAUGUUUUAAUAAUUACCCUGAUCACAUUUCAGCAGUUUCUCCAUUGCUUAUAAUGUCAAUGUUAACCUCAUUUUUGAUUUAGGUACAGGAAUUUUUAAUUUUGUAAAGAUUUUUUGGGGGGCUUGUGCCAUUUUUUUUUUUAGCUCUGUCAACAUGAAUUUGUAUAUUUUUGUCAGUUCUGUAUCAAUGUAUAGGAGGACCAACCAUUUUCAAAAUGUCUUAAUGUCAUAUUUUGUCAUAUCUCAUUUUUUUGGGUGGAAUUGCUUCAGACUCCAGCUCCCCAGAUAUUCAGAUUUCCUUUUUAAUCAAGCCAAGAACAAAUCUUUCAGCUCUCAGCUUCAUCUCUCUCUCUCUCUCUCUCUCUCUCUUUCUUAAGUUGCUAUGCAAGGUAAUGUGAACUCAUUGAGUAAGCAGUGCUACUUGACACUUUUCUUUGAUUUGUAAAUCUAAUGUCACUGUCUCUUUAUUCCGUGACAUUUAUGCCCUCUAGCCAUGUUCAAACUCGCAAGGUUUUUAAAAAUAUUUUUCCCACCUAAGCUGUUAAUCGUUAAAGUGCCAUCAAAUUUUCAGCUUUAAACAGUCUUAGUUUUGUGUCUAUGAUUCAGGGUCUUCACUGCACUUGCAGAGUUUGAAAACAAUGACAUUACUAUUCUUAGCUCAAACGUGUGGGAAUGCUUUAGGCCAACUUUAACAUGACUUUUCCUACUGACUUUUCAGAUUUAUUUCACACCGGUAAAAUAAACACAUUAUUAAUUGUAGUCAUUGAACCAAUUAUGUCUUGAGACAAAACUGUUAGAUGGUUAAGUGAGUGUAUAAAUGGUAGGUAAUGUGCUCUAAUGUAUCUGUUUCCAUUGGAAACUCUUCACUUCUAUGACCUCAGUGGACACAUCAUUGUGAUAUUCAUGUUGGUAAAAGUCUCAAUGUUGUUUACAUCCCUUAAUUAGGUUGGCUAGGAGAUAACACUGAAACUAGCCUUGCAAGCCAAACUUCUGGGUAUUGCUGUGUAACUAUGUGGGCAGAGCUUUCAUGUUAAUUCAGGCUGUUGUUGGGGCCUAGAUUGUUUAAUGAUGGAAACUUGGUGGCGCGUUCAUGUAAGCUGGCAUCAUUAAAAUGUUGGCUUCUAAGUAUUCUCACUGAAAUGAAGGGGAAUGACUAAUGAGUGACUGAAAAGAAACAAAAAUCAGAUGUUGGAAAUGUAUUGAAUCAGAAUUCAGAAUGAGGUACAUAGAAAGAUUCCCAGCAUAAGUGCACUUCAUUUUUUUCUUGGUUAAUACACCUGUAGUGGUCCUUUUCUGUGUUCAUUGUUGAUGUUCCCUUAGUAGGGCCAUGUUUUCAUAGCUGAAUUCUUGAUUGUUGUUAUAAUACUGAUUAACAAUUUUCCAAAGACUUAAACAGUGUUGUGACGAUAAUUACAUGUCUUGAUUACAUUCUCAUUCCUUUUUAUGUUCCUUUCUGCUUAAUUUCCUUUAAGGACCUGACCAUUUUGAGUCAAUGACUUAUCUGUAUAUGUUAAUAUACGAUAAUUUAUAGAAUAUAAUUAUUUAUAUACAACAUAUUAAAUGUAAUAUGUUAGUUUAAAAAAAAGUCUAUGAAAAUGUAUAUUCACAGAUGUUUAAACGCCCUUGAAGUGCCUACUGUUUUGAAACAGAUUCCCAUUUUGGGCAUUUGAGGACAUUUGUACAACAGGAUGAUAUGAAGGAUCGAGCUUCAUAAGCAUGGGUGAUAAUGGCAUCAUUACAGAGUUAUGAAAGCAGUGUUGUAAUAAGAAACACUACUGAAUAAACAUUUUCUCAUGGAA